AUGGGUCUUGGACCUGGUGAGAGAAAUGUGAAUGGUGAUUAUGUGAAGACAUGGAGUAGUAAAUAUGGGCAAAGCAAUCAGGCUCAUCUGAUAUCUGAUUUUGGGCUUGCAGAGUUGAUGCCAGAGGGCAAAGAAGCUUGUUUGACAAGAAGAGUUUUUGGUAGCUUAUGCUAUUUGGCCCUGAGUAUACAUUGGGCAAAGCAAUCAGGCUCAUCUGGUGAGGAUGAGAUAAGAGUUGAGUUGAUGCCAGAGGGCAAAGAAGCUUGUUUGACAAGAAGAGUUUUUGGUAGCUUAUGCUAUUUGGCCCUGAGUAUACAUUGGCCGACUACGAGUGAUGCAGAACUCCCCAGAAGCCCAAGAUCUUGA